AUGCCACCAAAAAGACAUGAUAAAAGCAGACUCCCUGUUCCACUUCCUGAAGGCAAGAUUCUGGUUGAUGUGGAAGGGAAACAAUGGAUGCUGGGCAAGAUGAUUGGCUCUGGAGGAUUUGGAUUGAUAUAUUUAGCAUUCCCCACAAAUAAACCAGAUGAAGAUGCAAGAUAUGUAAUAAAAGUGGAAUAUCAAGAAAAUGGCCCAUUAUUUUCAGAACUUAAAUUUUAUCAAAGAGCUGCAAAAAAAUACUAUAUCGAAAGGUGGGUAGCACUCAAGCAACUUGAUUAUUUAGGAAUACCUCUGUUUUAUGGAUCUGGUCUGACUACAUUCAAGGGAAGAAGUUACAGAUUUAUGGUAAUGGAGAGACUAGGAAUAGAUUUACAGAAGAUCUCAGACCAGAAUGGCACUUUUAAAAAGUCAACUGUCCUGCAGCUGGGUAUCCGAAUGUUGGAUGUAUUGGAAUAUAUACAUGAAAAUGAAUAUAUUCAUGGUGAUAUAAAAGCAGCAAAUCUACUUCUGGGUUACAAAAAUCCAGAUCGGGUUUAUCUUGCAGAUUAUGGACUUUCCUACAGAUAUUGCCCCAAUGGGAACCACAAACAGUAUCAGGAAAAUCCUAGAAAAGGCCAUAAUGGGACAAUGGAGUUUACCAGCUUGGAUGCCCACAAGGGAGUAGCCCUGUCCAGACGAAGUGACCUUGAAAUCCUUGGCUACUGUAUGCUGCGAUGGUUAUGUGGGAAGCUGCCCUGGGAACGGAACCUGAAGGACCCUGUGGCUGUCCAGACUGCUAAAACAAAUCUGCUGGAUGAGCUCCCUGAGUCAGUGCUUAAAUGGGCUCCAUCUGGAAGCAGCUGCUGUGAAAUAGCCCAAUUUUUGGAAUGUGCUCAUAGUUUAGCAUAUGAUGAAAAGCCGAACUAUCAAAUGCUCAAGAAAAUUCUGAACCCAGGUAAAAUACCUUUAGGACCACUGGAAUUUUCCACUAAUGGACACAGUGUAAAUAUACAUACUCCAAACAAUCAAAAAGUUGACUCACGAAAGGCUGCAACAAAGCAACUCAAUGAGGUACAGACUAGUUUAAUAGAGAAAAAAGUUCACAGUGAGAGAAGUGCUGAGUCAUAUGCAACAUGGAGACAAGUGCAAAGAGAGAAGCUGGGUGGAUUGAUUAACAGUGAAACUGCUCAGGAAAGUGCAAGGAGAAAAGAAAAAUACCAUGAGCCUCAAGAAUAUUUGAAUGAAGUAAAAAGAUCCCAGCAAAAAUUUAGCUAUAUACAAUCCCCAAAUUCAUUUUAUGAAUACCAUCAAGAUUUUACCAGUCUAGAUAUAAACAACAAAGCAAGAUCUCCAAACUUGAAUAUGUAUGACUCUUCUAUUAUUGCUAUGGGGGUCACAGAGUUAGAAAGUUCUUCAGGACUUUGGCCUACAAUUUCACAGAUUACUCUUAGUGAAGAGACAAAGACAGGUGUGUAUUUUUACAGCUUCCUCAUACUUUUUCUUUUGAUGUUAAUAUUUCUUGCUUUAUAUUUUCUCUGA